AUCGGCUCAUAAGCUUUGAGACGUCUUUCGAGAGUCUUGGGCUAGGUGCAUCCGGCCAGCCACAGCCGCCCAGCAGUCGGCGAUGGAUAGCCGCAGUUCUGCGUUACCACACGCCAUGGCACCCGACUCGGACGAAGAGGAUGAUGUUUACGAUUGGAAGUCCCGCGUAUCAGGAAUGCAGGAGGACCCACGAAGCCAAAAGAAUGCGUCCGCUCAACCACCAGACGACGAUGAGGACCAACAAUCUCACACUCCAGAGAGUGACGGAGCCGCCGAUUCAUCCGACGAGCUUCAGGAGGACGAUACUGUUCCGCAUCCAUUUUACCAUUACGCCACCGAAAAGCGUGACACCUAUGUGGAUGCCAAACUCAUUUACCAGCGCCAUCGAAUGGACACCCAAUCUGAAAAGGACAUGGGCAGCCCUCUGUUGCUUGGCAAGUCGUACACGAUGCCUUCCACUCUGGAUGAUCACGCACCUUUAGAUCGCACGGCAUCAAGACAGUCACGCCAAAGCCAGCGUGGCACAGGUCCAAGCGGCACGCAGUUGCACUUCUCCAAGGAAUCUUUGCCUAGUCUGCAAACCCAGACCAGCAAUCUUCAUGAUGUACGGCCUGACCCGACCUUGGUGGCCGAUGCCGCCGCUCGGAACCACAAGCAUCACCCAGGUCUUCCACACGAGUUCAAAGACUCCCUUCUCGCCAACGAAGGUAUGCAUGGAGCUGGCGCAGGCAUAGGCCUUGGCUCUGGUCCUGGAGGGAUGGCAUCAAACGAAGACAGUAUUGUCAGUGAAGUGCAAGCGAUUUGCGACAAAAUCAAAUUAUUGCUAGAUCUGAGGCAACAAUAUCUCAAAGCAUCACUCCAAUGUCCAGGCCAGAACCCGAGAGACGAUGAGAACUGGGAGAUAUAUCCCCCACCACCGAAUCCAGUGUGGACAGAGCAGAAAUCCAGGCCGCCGCCUCAAGACUAUAUCGCUCCUAAUAGCACUUCGAGCAGUCUUUAUAUGGCAGAUGCAAGAGCACAUGGCGACGGGAAUCAGGGUGAUGCUCCUGGUGCAUGGCCAACCUCUGCAGGCCACGCUGAAUCCGAGAGAGGCCCGCCUUCGCCUACGACUUCGAAGCAUCCCAGAAAGGCCGGACAUUCGAUUGGUGAAGAUUUCGAUCUCAGCGAAUGUUACAUUCCUGGACGCGCGAAUGAGAAUCUGCGUUUCGCAGUGGACGCCGGUAGUGUCUUCCAAGUUUACGAUAAUCAAGAUCGUCCCAUUGCUGCGGUCCCGUCCCUACGAGACUAUUACGUGGCGCUUGACACGAUUCUUGACAUUGCUUCUGACGGACCAGCCAAAAGCUUUGCAUACCGCCGCCUGCAGUACCUUGAAGGGCGGUACAAUCUGUACACGUUGCUGAAUGAAUACCAGGAAGUGGCAGACACGAAGAAGGUGCCUCAUCGUGACUUCUACAACGUUCGCAAAGUGGACACGCACGUUCACCACUCGGCCUGUAUGAACCAGAAGCAUCUACUGCGCUUCAUAAAGAGCAAGAUGAAGAAGUGUCCGGAUGAAGUGGUGAUUGACCGAGAUGGAAAGCAAUUGACCCUGCGGGAGGUGUUUGAGAGUAUUCAUCUUACCGCGUACGAUCUCAGCAUCGACACCCUUGAUAUGCACGCUCAUACCGACUCGUUUCAUCGCUUCGACAAGUUCAACCUGAAAUACAACCCCAUCGGACAAUCCAGGCUCAGGGAGAUUUUCCUGAAGACGGACAAUUUCAUCAAGGGCCGGUACCUUGCGGAAAUCACUCGUGAAGUCAUUUCCGACCUGGAGUCAAGCAAGUACCAAAUGGUCGAAUGGCGAAUUAGCAUUUACGGACGCAGUGCAAGCGAGUGGGAUACGCUUGCGGCCUGGGUUGUCGACAACAAGCUACUCUCUCACAAUGUGCGGUGGCUCAUCCAGAUUCCUCGGCUGUACGCCCUAUACAAGUCGGUCAAGACCAUUGAGAACUUUGAGCAGCUGUUGAAGAACAUUUUCCAGCCUCUUUUCGAGGUCACGCAAGACCCUUCCAGCAACCCGAAGCUGCACGUCUUUCUGCAGAGAGUGAUUGGCUUCGAUAGUGUCGAUGACGAGAGCAAGGUGGAAAGACGGCUGUACCGUAAGUACCCGGUGGCCAGGGAGUGGGACACCAAGCAGAACCCACCGUACGGGUACUGGAUCUACUAUCUUUAUGCCAACAUGACCUCCCUCAACGCGUGGCGGAAGAGACGAGGGUUCAACACAUUCAUUAUGCGACCGCACUGUGGAGAAGCUGGAGAUACCGACCAUCUGGCUGCAGCUUUUCUGUGCUGCCACAGUAUCAGCCAUGGCAUCGUCCUCCGCAAGGUCCCACUUCUGCAGUACGUCUUCUACUUGGAGCAGAUUGGGAUUGCCAUGUCCCCUUUGAGCAACAACGCGCUGUUCUUGACAUACGACCGCAACCCGUUCAUCAGUUAUUUCAAGAAGGGACUGAAUGUGUCGCUCUCGACCGACGAUCCGCUGCAGUUUGCUUUUACCAAGGAGCCACUGAUCGAGGAGUACUCGGUGGCAGCACAAAUCUACAAGUUGAGCGCUGUAGAGAUGUGCGAAUUGGCAAAGCAUUCGGUCGACCAGUCUGGAUUUGAGCUGACUUUGAAGCAGCGCUGGCUUGGAAAGUACUGUUAUCUGCCCGGCGUCUUGGGCAAUGACGUGGCCAAAAGCAACGUGCCGGAUGUGAGGGAGGCAUUCAGGCACGAGACGCUCAAAGCGGAACAUGCAUUCAUCGCCAAGUACACCGAAGACUACACGCAUUUCGACCGAUGCACGCCGGACUUACCAGAUCCUACGGACUCUAGUACGCCCAUUGACGAAAUCUACAAGGGGUUGGAGUCGCCGCGACAGUUUUAUGCGACGACGGUGGCCGACUCGAUUCCACCAGCGCAGCAAGCGCGAAUGCCUGGGCAGUCCAGGUCUACUGCUGCGAACACGGGUAAUACUUCACCCAACCGGCCCCGGACGAUGUCGUCGAACGCACUGUACCCCACACAAACGAACCCGGAUUCACACAUUUCGGGGCAGGAGCCUCGCGCUUUCCCCGGACUCGUGCAUCAGCGCGAGAGGAGACGCAGUCUGCGGGUCAGCCUGAGCAAUUCGGACAUGGGGUUGGCGGGAAUGAGUUCGAGUCUGCAGUUGGAACCCGGGCUAGCAAAGAUAAACCUGCGAGAGGACGCUGAGAUGGCUGAGAUGGAAGAGUCCGAGUGAGGUGACUGGCUCCGGUGUUGCUGCAAGUAUCAUUUUGAUAUGAAUAUCUCGUUUGACCUGAUUCGCCAAAGGGCGUCUGACGGAUAUAGACUUGGGUCGUGACAUGCAGUGGACCU